AUGGAUUUUUAUCCAGAGACACUUGCACACAUUAACAAUGGCUUUGAGCUACACGAUUUCAUUGAAGAUCCAAACUUUGAUCAGUUCAUCAACUUGAUUCGCGGGGAAGAAAAUGAAGAUACUACUAUGUGUAACUUCAAUUCUGACCUAAUAAUGAAUCAAAGUUUUGUUGAUAACUCAUUCGUUUCGUUUCCUACAAACACAUUUGAUCACUCUAAUAAUAGUUUUGUCACCCCUUUUGAUCCAACCUCUUCACUUGGCUCUUUAUCUUGUUUCGAGGGAGAAGCUAAGGGAGAAAUAAGAGAAGAAAAUGAUAAUGAUAAUGAUAACGAUAAUGAUGAUGAUGAUGAUAAUUAUUCUUCUCCAACAACAACUACAAGUGGUGAUACUAAGCCAAGGAUGAAAACUGAUAGGUCCAAGACUUUGGAAUCUGAGAGGAGGAGGCGAGGUCGAAUGAAGGAUAAGCUUUACGCAUUGCGAUCUUUGGUUCCCAAUAUAACUAAGAUGGAUAAGGCUUCUAUCAUUGGAGAUGCUGUUUCAUAUAUGCAACAACUUCAAUCACAAGCCAAGAAGCUUAAGGCUGAGGUUUCUGGACUUGAAGCAUCCUUAGCAGUCUCCAAAACUCAUCAAGCAUCAAUUGAAAAUCACAAAAAGAUUCAAUUCAAUGAUAACACUAGUUCAAUAUGCAAGAAAAUUGUCCAGAUGGAUAUGUUUCAAGUGGAUGAAAGAGGGUUUUAUGUCAAAAUAGUAUGCAAUAAAGGAGAAAGAGUGGCUGCUUCAUUGUACAAGUCUCUUGAAUCAUUGAGAGAUUUCAAUGUUCAGAAUUCAAAUUUGGCCACUGUUUCUGAUAAUUUUCUACUUACUUUUUCAUUCAAUGUAAAAAACUCAGAGCCAAUAAUCAACCUGCCCAAUUUAAAGCUAUGGGUGAUUGGAGCUUUUCUAAAUCAAGGCUUUGAAUUCUUACCUUCUUUUUAA